AUGGUCAGAUCACAGAAAGGCAAAAAGCGUCAACAAUCCUCUCCGGAAGACGACGACGAGGCUCCAUUGAGAACUGCUGCUGAUCAACCUAAGAAAAAAGUACGAUGGAGCAGCGACCAUGACGACGAUAAUGAGGAGGCAGCAGAAAUUCUAGCAGAUGAGAUCUCGGAGGAAACAGGCUCCGACAAAAUUUGCCUUGCGGCGACGUGUCAUCGCGGGCGACUAGGCUGUGCAUACUAUGAACCUGUUCAAGCAACAGUAUACGUCUUAGAAGACACGAACGACAGCGUACACUUUGAUUUGACGAAAAUGCUAUUCGAACAAGCAAAUCCGGACAUUGUUCUCACCGGCUCUAGGGCCGAUGACGAAUUCAUAGAUCUGCUUCGUGACCUCGUCGACGCUUCCUCUGGCCGAUUUACCAUUCGACCAUGGAAGGACUUCGCUGCGCCCAAGGGCCGGGAGAGGCUUCUCUGCCUGCCAAUGUUACUGAACCUUUCAGAAGAUCCACAAGGAGGAGAUGUAGUCUCCACUGUAUCCGGGUCGAGCGAACCGCGAAACGCAUACGAUUUUAUGCAACGAAGGCGAGAGGUUCAUGGCGAUCCAGUGAUGCAGCGAUGGAACGCAGGAAUACGGCUGGCUAACUUUACUGAUCCAUCGGACUCACCUCUUUGCAUGGGCUCCAUUGCGGCGCUGCUUGAUCACCUGGCACGAGAACGCGCGAUAGGGGAUUUGGAGCCGGAAGGUCUGGGCGCAUUGGACGUUCGCGCAAUUAAAAGCGUUUCUCUGGAACAAGUUAUGCAGAUCAACUCUGACGCUUUAUCCUCCCUGCAAAUUUUCGAGAACGAAAGUCAUGCCUCCAUACACUCCGACAAGACCAAAGAAGGUCUAUCCUUAUUCGGGAUUUUGAACAACACUCGGAUGUCACUCGGACGUGCCCUGCUACGACAAUGGCUUCUGAGGCCGUCGCUCUCAUUUGAGGUUAUCCAAGCCAGACACGAUGCUGUGGAGUGCUUUUCACGUCCGGAAAACUUGACAACUGCGGGAAGUAUGCACGCCCAUCUUAAGGGGAUCAAAAAUUUACCUAGAUUCAUGGCGAAUCUGCGAGCUGGCCGCGCUGGAGUGAUAGAGUGGCAGGGUCUCGUCAAAUUCGCAUUCCAUGCGGUUAUGCUUCACGAUGUUAUUCAGGAGUUAAACCAGGCACGCCAGGUCCUGAUCAUUCAGAAGCUGCACGAAGUGCUGGACGUGGCGGCAUUUCGAGUGAUCGGAGAGACUAUCAACAACACUAUCGACUGGGAAGAAUCCGAUGAAGCGAAGCGUGUCUGUAUCAGACCGCAAGUCGAUGAAGAACUCGACAAUCUGAAGCACAUAUACCACGGCAUUGACUCCGUCCUUUCAAACGUCGCAGAACAGAUAUGCGCAUCAAUUCCGCCUGACUACGUGCCAUCGCUUAAUGUUGUGUACUUCCCGCAACUCGGUUUCCUGAUCUGCUUGCCAAUGUUGGAAGAGUGGAAAUCAGGGCAGGAUAUACAAGUUCUUGAUGGGUGGAGCUUCCAGUUCUCUUCAGAGUCGCAUGUCUACUUCAAGUCCCCUGAAAUGCGAGAUAUGGACACGCACAUCGGUGAUCUUCAACCGUCAAUCGUUGAUCGCGAAAUCGAGAUUGCGCAGAGCUUGCUGGAACAGCUUCUAGCUUACGACAACGCAAUAUGUGACGCCUGUCACGUCUGCGCGGAACUUGACUGUUUACUAUCCUUUGCCGAAGUGUCUCGAGCGCUCGACUAUCGGAGACCAACCAUGGUAGAGAGGAACGUAAUCCAUAUCAAACAAGGACGGCAAGUACUUCCUACAAUUUGCCAUACCCUCGCAGCCCACCCUUCGGACAGGCAUCCAUUACAAGAACAAGUCGUGGAUACAUUUGUGCCAAACGACGUGACGAUCACAGGUGGCGCGGGGCUUGGUGUACUCCAAGGACUACCGGUAGAAGACGACGAUGUGCCGCUAGGAAACAGUGUCGUUAUCUGCACGGGCGCAAAUGCCUGCGGAAAGAGUGUUUACCUCAAGCAGACUGCAGUCAUACAGUUCAUGGCUCAGAUGAUGUGUAGCUUUGUACCGGCGGAGUCAGCAACAUUGGGCAUCGUCGAUAAAAUUUUCACCCGCAUCCAGACUACAGAAUCAGUCUCCAAAGUUCAAUCCGCUUUUAUGAUUGACCUCAAUCAAGUAUCCCUUGCUCUGCGGAAUGCCACUGCCAGAUCGCUGAUACUUCUGGACGAAUUCGGCAAAGGCACCAUUUCCACAGAUGGAGCUGGAUUGUUCUGCGGCGUCAUCAAACAUCUGCUAUCUCGAGGCGCCGCUUGUCCCAAGGUCAUGGCGACAACGCACUUCCCCGAGAUUUUUGAUCGAGAACUGCUCGACGUUGGUGCACUGCCUAUCACGCUUUCCCACAUGGAGGUACUGGUCACGUCCAGUGAUGGAAAUAUAGCAAAUGAACCUGGGCAAUUCGCGAUCAAACCUGGUGAAAAAAUAACAUACCUGUACAGGGUUGCCAACGGACUAUCGGUCGAGUCGCAUGCCACAAUGUGUGCCGAGCUCUUCGGCAUACCGCGACGGAUUGUUGAGAGAGCCCAAUACGUCAGUCAUCUGCUAUCUAUUCAUGAGGUUGGUGAGCUUCUCGACGAGGAUAUGAACGAAGACGAAAGAGUGGAGCUGGAGGUUGCCGAGGCCAUUUGUCGUCGUUUCUUAACGUGGGACUUGAGCCCAGACAGAGAUGAUAGCGAACCUGUCAAGACGACUUUGGCGACAGUCCUGGGACGCACAGCGGAGGGAUGA